UUGGCCCGCGCGCCUCACGUGCCCGCGCGCGCCCCCGGGCCCAUGGCGGAGAGCGGCGCGUGGCUGCUGGUGCUCGGCGCCGUGCUCCUCUGCUCCGCGCUCAGGAUCCUGCUGCCCUCCUGCUCCUCCCUCAUAUCCAGGCUGUUGCAGAAGGAUGCAGAGCAGGAAUCCCAGAUGAGAGCUGAGAUCCAGACCAUGAAGCAGGAGCUUGCCACCAUCAGCAUGAUGGAUGAGUUUGCCAGAUAUGCCCGGCUGGAGAGGAAGAUCAACAAAAUGACUGACAAGCUCAAAACCCACGUGAAAGCACGAACUGCCCAAUUAGCCAAAAUAAAGUGGGUCAUAAACAUUGUAUUCUACAUAUUGCAGGCUGCCCUGAUGAUCUCUCUGAUCUGGAAGUACUACUCUGAGCCUGUCACCGUGCUUCCCAGCAAGUGGUUGGCUCCCCUGGAGCGCCUGGUGGCCUUCCCUACUGGAGUGGCAGGAGGUGUGGGAAUUACCUGCUGGCUCGUGGUCUGCAAUAAAGUUGUGGCUAUCAUGCUGCACCCCUUCAGCUGAAGGAAUCCCAGCAAUCCAUGCACUCCCCAGCUGCAUUUACAUAAUCACUGCUUUAAAUUAAUUUAAAAAAAAAAAGGGGACAGUUAUCUUUCAUGAGACAAGGUCUGAGACAAUCCUUGUUAUUCCAUUUGGAUAUCUGUCAGUCCUUUUGAUCCUUUUGAUUUCACUUCCCAGAGUUUGUCUUUCAUUUUGGAAAGAGCAGCAUUGCUGGUUAUAGAACCUCAUUUUGGGUUUAGUCAGGGCAGAACCAUAAGGUUUUGUCAUGGCCUGUUGUCACCAACAUGUAAAAGUGUUGGAUUUGUGGUUUUAAAUUGGAAAUGUGCUGGCUUUAGGAAUUCAUUUGGGAGCUUGGCUGUUUCUUUGCUGUAAGAGAUGGGACCAUGGUGCAGAGGGCAGAGAGAGGUUGUUUGCUUGGCUUGGGGAAAAGGAGUUUUCUUGUGGUUUUUUUACCCUAAAAUUGGAAUAUUCUUGAGCUCUCCUAAAAAAAUAGAUGAAUUAAAUCAAGAUUUUUAUCUCCUAAGAGGUUUAUUCAAUGAAGCAGAAGACAGUGCUGUUGCUGCAGGGGGAUGCUGAUUUAGCUUCCCACUCUGGAAUUCCCAGAGCAAUGAUCUCUUCUGCUGUUCCAGGGCCUUUUCCUCCCUGGAAGGAAGGAAGGGUCCAGUCCCCUCCAAAAUUGGCACUGCCUUUAAAAACCAGCUCAAAAUGUCAGGUUAUGUUGUGUAUAUAUAUAUAUGAAUUAAAUAUUUUUUUUGUUUGUUUAUUUGUUUCAAUGUUAAUUUAAAAAUUGGGAUUUUUGUAUUAGGAAUUGCAUUUAGCCUACAUGAAAGUAAAUAUCAAGGAAAAAAUGUUGUGAUUGAAUGUUAUGUAUAAUUGUGAUUUUAUUAAGGAAAUAAAGCUUUUCAACCCAG